GCCUGCUUGUUCAGUUUGCGAGCGCGCUUUUCGAUGGGCAGCGGGCUCACUACUCCCUCCUCGACCGUCGGCCGAAGAUGUUGGGGGAUCGGUACGCUGAGGACUUCUCCUGCGUCUCCGAGUGGACGGAGCGGGAGGCGACCCAUGCGGACCCUGGCGGUCCACCGGCUCCACCGGCUGCGGGAUGUGAAGCCGAACGGGAGCGCUACGGCCCGGUCCUGUGGGAGGGCCACGGAGGGCCACGUCCGUCAGACGCGCAGCAACGAGGGCCAGCGCUUCUGGAUCUCCUUUAUAGAGACGUCUUGCGAUCCAGAAUUGUUUGACCUCGAAGAACAGCAGUAUGAGGGGGCCUGCGAGUGGUGGGAGGCAAUCAAGAGAGGUAGCGAAGAGAAGAAGGAGGAGGAGGUCGAGCAAUAUUGGGAAGAGCCGAUAGAUUAUAGCUUUGACUUGUUCUAUAACAAUGAUGACAAUCAGUAAAAAGUUCAACUGACAUUCUAUCUAUGUACUGCUUUCCCACCCGAGGGGUACCUAACUUGGUCCAGUCUUCGUACACUUCGCAAAAUAAUCAUAUUAUAAUCAUUUACAAUCAACUCCAAUCUUCCCAGUCUUUUCCAGUCUGUCUACAGUCUCUCCAAUCUUUACAAUCACCUCCAGUCAGCUCCAGUCAGCUCCAAUCACCUCC